AUCCCUUCUCUAUACGUCGCAUUCAAUAUUUAGCUCUUCGGCUCAACGUCGUCGCCCUUGCGCGACUGGUCCGAACGACUCGGUCGAGCUCUGGCUUCUCUGGAGGGUUUGUUUAACACCGACGCUGGUUUAUCUUUCCUGCUCCAACCAAUCAGAUUCGCAUUCGUUGCAGCCGACCCCACCAUUCCACCUUUGCAGCCUUUGCAGGGGGUCGUCAAUCUGAGCUUAUCGUGAUGAUUUUUUGGAACUUGGACAAAAAGAGUGCCAGAGCGAUAAACCAAACAGUUUAGACACUUUCUCCUCUCGCAUUUCGGCGAUCUGCACUUUCUUUCCUCCUUUUUCGCUCGCCUCGAAUUCUAUUCCCUGGCUUCUGAUCUUUGUGGAUUACAGCUAAACAAUUUCCAUGGCAGGGCCGCGGGCGCCCAUCGGCACUCUGUCGCAGCACGCUGCCGCAGCAGCUGGCCUCGUGCGCAACAUGGUUCCCAAGAUGUUCACCAGCUCCGACCCGAAGCGGGCUGGCAAGACAAACGACCCGGUUGAGAGCGAUAGCGACAGUGAAAGUGACACCGACAGCGAUACCUCCGAGACUGACGUGGUCGUGAACGAGGAGACCAAGAGCUGGGCCGAUAAAAUCAAGGCCAAGAAAGCCGCUUCAACGCCUGUCAAGGCCGAACCUGCUCCGGCCACAUCGCCCAAAACCAAUACGGCAAGCGCUGCUGUCAAACUAGAGGUCAAGAAACCGGAGAGCUCCGAAUCUUCCGCCAGCGAGAGCGAGAGCGAGAGCGACAGUGGUAGCGAGGACGAAGAUGCCAAGAUGGAUGUUGAUUUGAGAUCGGACGUCAAGAAAGCCGUCAAGGAGGAGGUCUCCGAAUCGGAGGCUGAGAGCGAGUCCAGCGAUGAAGAAAUGGCUGACCCACAGCCCGUCAAGAAGAAGGCUUCGCCGGCGUCUGCCUCUGAGGCUGACAGUGCAAGCGAGGACGAAUCCAGCGACGACGAAUCCGUAUCUGGAUCAUCGGGUGCCAAGGUUACGACAACGUCAGCGACCGCCACAAAAGAGGCUUCCGCCUCCGACGACGAAUCGGCGUCUGAGAGUGAGAGCGAAGGCGAGAGCGCAGGCGAGGUGCAACCAUCCGCCAAGUCAAAGUCCACAGCCCAGAGCGAGAGUGACAGCGAGAACGAGAGCGCAAGCGACAGUGAGGAUGAGCCAGAACCUUCACGGAAACCCAUGGAGAAAGCAUCAGCACACACCCCCAAACCCGUGAAGGAGGUUGCGAAUGCCAAGAAACCCGCUCCUGUCAACCCGUUGAAGCCAUCAGUUCCUGUCAAUGGGGCCGCGAAAAGCAAGGAGCUGAGCAGGGAGUUUGUUAGCAAGUCUGACGGCUCGAGCGCUGCUGAGAGCUCGGGAUCUGAAUCUGAGGACGAGAGUGCGGCGCGGUCUUUGGCUGUUGAGAAGCAAAAGGGAAAGGCACCGAGUCGACCGCCGGCUCGCGAGGUUGUUUCCCAAGGCUUCACCUUGCGCAAAGCCGGGGAUGAUGUCGAUGCCGCUGCGGUCGCUCAGGUCUUCAAGAAAGCCAAGGCCGAGGGCAAGCAGAUCUGGUACUUUACGACACCCAAGUCCGUACCCAUCGAGGUCAUUCAGAAGCAUGCCAUCCCCCUCGAAAAGAUCCAUUCUGGGAGAUCAAUCUUCGCCCACGAGGGAGCCGAAUACACUGGCCAAUUCGAGGAGUCGAUCAACCAUGCCAUCAAAGUCCUCAUCCCUGGGAAGGAUGGAUCAACCUAUGAAACAAUGAACCAAUCAGUCGAUCGCGUUCUGCACAUCACUCGCGUCACGCUCCGCGGCGACGAGGGUGAGAACGAGCCUGCCCCGGACUUGACAUCAUCUGCCCUUGUCAGCGCUCCUCGCCCGCAGCCUAAGGGACUGAAGGCGCGUUAUCUGCCAUUCGGGGUCACAAAUGGGGAUACUGGCAAUUCUGGGGCGGACGUGCCGGGCAGUGAUGAGGACGUCGAGAUGGCCCCAGCCCCUCCACUGCUGAACGGUUCUGCCGUGGAUGCCAAAUCCGACUCGCCGAAGAAGGCGGCAAAGAAGCGCAAGCUCGCCGAUGUCGAGAAAGGGACGCCUAGCCAUGAGGAGCCCGCAUCCACACCCGCCAAGAAGCCAAAGAAGGCUCGGAUCGACAGCAAGGCAAUCGAGCCUUCGCCUACCGAAGCUAUCACGCAGACCCCUAUUGCGGCUUCGCUCCCCAAGGUUAUCAAGCAGACCCCUAUCGCGCCUCCUCCUGUCCCACCGAGCUCGGCGAAGUCCGCUGUCCCUUCUGAACCGGCACAGUCGUCACCGGCCAAGAAGUCAAAGGGCAAAGACAAGCCCAAGAAGAAGGACUCCGCUUCUACAGAGAAGUCCAGCGAUUUGAAGAAGCCUUCGAGGGCAGGCUCUUCAACCCAAAGCGCCAUCAACGCAGGCAUUAGCGCCCUGAACAUCAAGUCUGAGCAUCAGUCCCCCUCACCCCAGAGCGCCAUCCGGGCAGGCAUUGGCGCCGUCAACAUCAAGUCAGAGUACCAGUCCAUGUCGGAGAAGCGCAAGGCAGUGGAAGCUGCGCGGGUUUCAAGAGCUUCGACGCCCAGCACACCGUCAAAGCCGCCCAGCAUUCCUACUAAGUCCAAAAUUGCGCCCUUUACUCCAGUUCCGAUUCCUGGUGCGACCACACCUCGCCGAGUGAUCCCCGACCGGCCCUGGCCAGUGCAGACACCCAACAACAAGGCAGCUCAGCGCAGCGGCACUCCCUCGGUUACUUCACAGCCACACAAGGGCAUCUUCAAUACACCCGACAACAAGGCAGCUCUGCGAGGCGGCACUCCCCCGGUUGCUUCACAACCUCUUAAGGGCAUCCUCAAGGCCCCAGAGCGCGGGCAGUUCUCUGGUGGAAAGGCUGAGUCGUCUCACCCUUCGGGCGGCCGCAGCAAGUCAGAGAAGAGGAAGCAGGAGAGGAAGAGACAGAAGCUCCGAAAGGCCCAGAUCUCCUGGACGCCCGACACGAAGCGCGGACAUGGCUCGCACUGA